AUGGAUCAGCUUGACAUUGAGCACCGGAGGAACGGCGCCACCACCCACUUCUACUCUGGAGCCACCACCACCACCGGUGUCGAGCAACACAACCACUCCUUCGGAUCCGACCCCGACCCCGAUUCCGACUGGCGAGCCCACCAACAAUGCACUCUCAGUGGAGGUGGCCUCGCUCCAACUACGACAGGCGGACUUCCAACCGGUAUUCCGAGGGCAAUCACUCCAAACUCUGGUCUAGACCCUAUUCCGGACGGUAGCGUUGAGAUCCAGAUCGGUUUCAAAUAUGGCCUGAACUACCAAUUCGUUGCGGAAAACCCGAAGGCAGCGGCUCAGGUCCUUUGGAGUGUGCCCGAAUUGUUGUCGCAUGCGGGUAGCUUUGACAAGAGCAAAGCGCAGAUGAGAAGGCUCAUUCCUCUGGACACAUCAGCGAACUAUGGCUUUGUUACCACACUUGCCAUUGCUACCUAUCCCAAGACUCUGGUGGACCAGCUUCGUCUUGAUAUCCAUGCUCCGAACUCUCGGGUCUACAAUAACCCUAAUCAACUUGUCUACAACGUUAGCGAGUUGAUUAACCCUGCUAUUGACAUCAUUGUCGGCUCUGGUGUUGAUGGUGGCGCAACAGGCACUGGGGGCGGCUCUUCAUCAACUUCAACAUCAAAUCCUAAUGGUGAUGUCUUCAAUGACAAUGGCUCAGACCAGUCCUCGGGUAAGCGGGGUGAAACCGUGGGUAUUGCUAUGGGCGCCAUUGUUAUUUCUGUCGCUUAUGGAACUGCCAUGUUCAUUGUCGCCCGCCGGUACAAGAGAAAGAAGCAAGGACAUCGUCGCGCCAGCUCCAUCAGCACCCCUGCUACUUCUAUGCGGCAAACACCCAGUCCUGUGAUGGGCGGUGCUUUGUUAAGCAGAGACUUCUCAUCAUAUGGCGGUGUUGCUGGUGGGCGGGACUCUCACGGCAGCGGCAGGAGUAACAUGAAUAACUCUGGCCGCACUGCCUUCAUCUCGGCACCAGUUGCUGCGGAGAACUCGCUGGGCUGGAAUUGA